GUUUCGCAAGACGGAAAGUUGGGAUACACAGGCACAAGAUGCGACGAGUGUGUUUCUUCCCAUGUAUCCUGCUGCCUUUUACCUCCCAGGGCUGUAAUGCCAGUCAAGGCCCUUAUGCGAGCUGCGGCUGAGGUGAAUAAACAACAUGGUGUACGUAUCAAUGGCCUGCUAACCGUAUUCACCACUAUCUGAGCGGGAAUGGGCACUAUCUGACCACUUCACAUCCCCUAGAGCCAAAACAUUGCCGUGUUAGCUGCGUAUGAAGCAGCUAUAGGCCCGGCGCUUCGCGCCAUGUCCGGCAUUGGUCUGCAAUCCUCGGCAAAAGUGAAUGAGCCGAAGAACAAGACCCGUCAGCCAAAGACUAAAAAGAAAGGCAAGGACAGCAGGCAGCCAACCGAGGGAAAUGUGACUGAAACAUGGCCAGCACCAAAAGAGUCUGCUCAUAGGUCUGAAUUGGGAGAGGGGAACACGAGAAGUGGAUGGAAUCGUGAGCGUAGCUUGUCUCAAGGCAGGAGGAACUCGGGUUCCCAAACCCUCUCUGGGCAUUUACAAGCAGACCGCGGCCAAGAGGCCGACCAUGUGAACUCCGCUGCCUUCCAGAAGAUGGAAAGACAGGCUCUGCGAAGGCGGAAAGUCGAGGCCCUCGAGUCUCUCGCGCACACAGCAGCACUGUUCCUCGCAGAGUUUAUUGACUACAAAAAGGGACGGCAGGAGCCAUCGCGACAGGGCCUUGAGCAGCAUCAAUCAGAGCCGGGUACCGGCGUGGCUUACGCUGCAGCUGCUGCGAGUCUCUUCAGACCGUUGAGCGAGUUCGACCGAAGCGGUUACAACAGCGCUGGAAGCAUGAUGGACCAGCCUAGUAGCAGUCCCGAUGGCAGCGAUGAUGAGUAUAUCCAGGCGUCGACCCCCGCCGAGGAAAAAGGAGGCAGGGGCAUGGACAACGGGGAAAGCGACCAGUCACCACCACUGGUUGCGAGCUUGGGGACCGUAGAGCAAGCGGGUGCCAGUGAGCCUGGGGUGAAAAUUGAGGAACACUGAAUAGGAGAGUAAGAGUGCCCGUACCUCAGUCUGGUGCCAAAUGAGUGCGGUGACUGUCAAAAGUGAGAUGGCUUCCCAGGCACCUCAUCUUGACUGUAGAGACACAUAGACUCCUACAUUCUAUAUACUGAAGUGUGCUCGUAUAUCAAG